CUGCAGCAGCCCCUUAUGGAGGCUGACAGCCCGGACUCCCGCAAACGACCGCUGGAAACUCCGACGGAGGAGGCCGGCUGUACCAAGCGUACCAACACGGGAGAGGAGGGUGAGUACUUCCUGAAGGUGCUGAUCCCCAGCUAUGCAGCCGGCUCUAUAAUUGGCAAGGGCGGCCAGACCAUCGUACAACUGCAGAAAGAGACGGGUGCCACCAUUAAGCUGUCCAAAUCCAAAGACUUCUACCCAGGAACAACAGAACGAGUCUGUCUGAUACAGGGUACAGUCGAAGCCCUCAAUGGUGUUCACAACUUCAUCGCGGAGAAAGUCCGCGAGAUGCCCCAGAGCGCCCAGAAACCCGAGCCAGUCAGCAUACUGCAGCCACAGACCACUGUCAACCCCGACCGUGUCAAACAGAGAUAUCCCUCUUUCUGUCGACCGUUUAUGCUAUUAAAUCUGUCUCUAGUUACCUUUUAUUGCUACUUCAAUCUUUCUAUUUCUCUACAGGCCAAAUUGAUCGUGCCCAAUAGCACAGCUGGGCUGAUCAUUGGCAAGGGCGGAGCCACAGUGAAGGCAGUGAUGGAGCAGUCAGGGGCUUGGGUACAGCUCUCCCAGAAGCCAGAGGGCAUCAACCUGCAGGAGCGAGUGGUAACCAUCAGUGGGGAGCCUGAGCAGAACCGCAAGGCUGUGGAAAUCAUAGUGCAGAAGAUCCAGGAGGACCCUCAGAGCAGCAGCUGUCUCAACAUCAGCUAUUCUAACGUCUCGGGCCCAGUGGCAAACUCCAACCCCACCGGCUCCCCCUACGCCAACACCGCUGAGGUGCUGCCCAACGCCGCCGCAGCAGCCGCCACUGCCUCCAGCCUUCUGGGUCAGGCCGGCUUGACAGGAAUGGGCGCCUUCCCCGCAGCCAUGUCCAGCUUCUCUGGCAAUGAUCUGCUGGCCAUCACCUCAGCCCUCAAUACACUGGCCAGCUAUGGCUACAACACUAACACCCUCGGGCUGGGCCUCAACCCUGCAGCUGCUUCUGGGGUCCUUGCUGCAGUAGCAGCUAGUGCUAACCCGGCUGCUGCUGCUGCAGCUAACCUGCUGGCCUCCUAUGCUAGCGAUGCCUCCAGCAGUGCUGGCCACCCUGCUACAGGCCUUGGUGGGUUCUCCCUGGGUUCUCUAGCAGCUGCCACAGGGGCUUCUAAUGGUUACCUAAAUGCUUCAUCCCCACUGAUGGCCUCCUCCCUAUUGGCAACAGAGAAGCUGGCAGAUGGGGCCAAGGACGUGGUUGAGAUAGCUGUUCCCGAGAAUCUGGUUGGCGCCAUUUUGGGGAAAGGAGGGAAAACGCUGGUUGAGUACCAGGAGCUAACAGGAGCCCGCAUCCAGAUCUCCAAAAAGGGAGAGUUCAUUCCUGGUACUCGGAACCGUAAAGUUACCAUAACAGGGUCGCCAGCCGCUACACAAGCAGCGCAGUAUCUGAUCAGCCAGCGGAUCACUUACGAGCAGGGUGUGCGAGCUACCAACCCACAAAAGGUGGGCUAAAAGGAAAAAGAAGAGGAAAGAAGGAAAGGAUGAAGACAGAGAUAGAAGGGAA